AUGGCCGGUAGAGUGAGCACGCGGAUGGGUAGGGCAUCCAAGGGAAGUGCGUGCAAUCGAGAAGGAUUAGGGCGGACUGAUGAGAUGGGAGAAAAUGAGGGUGCAGUAGAUGAGACAGACAACAGGAGUAUGUACUGCUAUGUACGACAAUUUGUGGACGCUGACCUGCCGGAGGCUGACAGACGAGAGAAGAAGGCUAAAAGAUUGGCAUGGUUGCUAGGAGGGACUUGGAGGAAUUGGAAAGGAGAGCAACUGAGGGUAGCGCAUGUAGAUUUGAGUAGAAGCAAGCUCAUUCUAUGCACAUCCGAGUUCAUGCGGCAAAGUCGAAAAAUUGACCGAACUCUGAGUUAUGAUGGGAAGAAGAUGAAACUGCCAAACGCCGGGCCGAGUGACGGCAGAUGA